UCCUACCGGUAGUGACCUGUGUUUCCUGCCAGCUGAGUCGUGCAGCGUCAUAACAUUAGCAUGUAGCACCGGCGGUUCGGAAGGAACUUUUGACGUUAUCAACGCUACCUGCUCGGCUUUAAACGACGAGCCAGAACCGGAACCGAGCUUCCAAUCCAAGAACAAGAAAAUGAUGGGUCAUAGAUUUUAAUGCAACACUUGUGCGGAGCCGGACUCAACAACAGUUCUGGUUGUCCUGGAAAGCACGUGGUCCACACUGAUGACUGGAGCGGAACCUCUCUGCAGCUUCUGGACCGGUACCCGCCCAGCCUGGCCUCUGUCAGGCUGCAGGUGUGAUGCAGCAGACAUGUCCCUUCAGGCCACGCUGCGGGACCGGAUCAGCUCGGCCCAGGCGCUGCUGCAGCGGGCGGAGCAUCUUUGUCCGGGGGUCGAAGGUCACCAGAAGCUGUGCGGCAAGCUGCGGGCCGAGCUGCGCUUCCUGCGGCGGGUGGAGGCCGGAGAGCUGCAGGUGAAGGAGUCUCACCUGCACAGCACCAACCUCACCCACCUUACCGCCAUCGUGGACUCGGCGCAGGACUUGGAGGACGUUGUGGCAUUGUUGCACGUCUUCAGCUACCGGGAUGUCGCCGGACGCCGCCGCACACUUGUGGUGGACGUGGUGGCAGACGCGGGACUCACCUGGGUGAAGGCGGUGGGCCGCAAGGCGGAGGCGCUGCACAACAUCUGGCAGGGGCGGGGCCAGUACGGAGACAAGAGCGUGGUGCGGCAGGCGGAGGACUUCCUGUUGGCCAGCCGCCAGCUGCCCGUCAACUACCGCCACCCCCGCGUCGUCUUCGCCUUCUACAACGGCUUGUCCAGCCCCAUGGCCGACCGGCUGCGGCACCUGGGCGUGGCGGUGAGGGGCGACAUCGUGGCUGUGAGGGUGGAGGAAGAGGAGGAGAAGGAUGAGGAAGAAGUGGAGGAAGAGGAGGAGAAGGAUGAGGAAGAAGUGGAGGAAGAGGAGGCCGACCCAGAUGACCCAGAGGGGGAGCUGGCGUCUGGCUUGACCCGGGUGCAGCGUGGCACGGUGCUGGCUCGCCUGGCAUUCCCGCUGCCGCCGCCGCCGCCAGAGGAGUGUGGGCGGGUCAACCUGGACAUCACCACGCUCAUCGCCUACGUGUCGGCGCUCAGCCACGGCCGCUGCCACUUCAGCUUCCGGGAGCCAGUUCUGACAGAGCAGGCUGCCCAGGAGCGCCGGUGGCCGGUUCUGCCCAGCCUCGACGCCUUCAUGGCGGGCAAGCAGCUGUUUGCCUGCCGUGCCGCCGUGGCCGACUUCCGCGCCAUCCUGGACACGCUGGGCGGGCCGGGCGAGAAGGAGCGCGCUCAGACGUUGCUGGCCCGCCUGCACCUGGUGGAUGACCAGCCUUCGGAACGCAGCCGCCGCCUCACGCCCAGCGCCAAGGUCAACCGCCGUUCGCUCGCCAUCUUUGGUACCGGAGAUUUCCUGAGAGCCGUCACCAUGACAGCCAACAGCCGCUUCGUCAGGGCAGCCGCCAAUCAGGGCGUCCGCUACAGUGUGUUCAUCCACCAACCCAGAGCGCUGACUGAAGGCAAGGAGUGGAGGGCCACGCCCAUCUGAAGAGGCCACGCCCACCUUCACCGGGGCUGAUGGGGGUUGUCAUUUCUAAACUGUUUGGAAUGUGAUUGGUCAACUGAGAUCUGCAUGUUUCUGUUCAAAUUAGAUCAAUAAAGAUUUAGUUUACAUGUCACAGGAA